AUGCAGAAGCUAUUGUCAUAUCUAUUUCUCACUGGCAGCUCUGCCCUUGGUGCAUUGGCUUUAGAUGAUGUCCCAGACUAUUUUGUUACUGACAGGAAGCAUUUUGCUGGCCCUAAAGCCACGGGCAUAGCUCCGUUCCUCCGUGCGACAAAUCCAGCACCAUUCCCUGGCGUGAGCUACAUCCCAAAUUCGCCAUUAGAAACACAAGUGCCCAUAGCGGGUAACGAUCACAAUGAGAACAUAUUCGAGCUGUUUGGCCACCUCAGUCACUAUUUCCCCAACCCAGAAGGCUUUGGUGUAGACGAGCAUUCCUUACCGACAGGUGCGCAGAUCACAUGGGUCAAUAUGCUCUCGAGGCAUGGGGCACGAUACCCAACUUUGGGUAGCGCUGCAUUUGCAUUCGCAGACAAAGUCAAAAACUUGACUGGUACAUUCGAGGCAAAAGACGAAUUAAAAUUUCUGAAUGACUGGAUAUUCACAUUGGGCUAUGAAAUACUAGUUCCAAUUGGUAAACAAGAACUCUUCGAAUCGGGCACACUCCACUACUAUCAAUAUGGCCAUCUCUAUCCGAAUGAUGGUAACAAGAUAAUUGCGCGCUCUACAACGCAAGAUCGCAUGGUUGAAUCUGCAGAGUACUUUCUCGCAGGAUUUUUUGGCCUGGGCUGGACACAGAAUGCCACUCUUGAAGUUAUCAUCGAGAAGCCAGGGUACAACAAUAGUCUCGCCGGCUACUUCUUAUGCCCCAAUGGCAACAAGCCAGCAGCACGGCAAGGGGACCACGCAUCCGCACAAUGGAUUGCUUCAUACCUGGCUGAUGCCACCGAAAGACUUGAUGCGAAGAUACAGGGCUUCAACUGGACAAUAGCAGACUCAUACGCUGCGCAGACCCUCUGUGCAUAUGAAACCGUAGCCCUUGGCUACUCUGCUUUUUGUGGUCUCUUCACGCUCGACGAAUGGAAAGGACAUGAGUACAGCAUCGACCUAGCAUUUACCGGUAACAAUAUGUUUCAAAGUCCGGUCGGUCGCGCUACUGGCAUAGGUUACGUCCAAGAGAUCCUAUCACGACUGACGCAUCACCAUUUGCAAGAACCGACCGGUCAGGUGAACAUCACCCUCGACAAUAACACUGUUACCUUUCCACUGAAUCAGAGCCUCAAUUUAGACUUCUCACACGACACCAAUAUUGCUCACAUUCUCACGGCGUUCGGCCUCACCCAGUUCGCUUCCCCUAUCUUACCUACCGACCAUAUUCCACCCUUGGACGAACGGCCGCUAAUAGUCUCGCAUCUGACCCCCUUCGCUGCUCGUCUAGAUAUUGAAGUCAUCUCCGCCCCUUCGCCAGUAUGUCAGUCUCGCUCGGAAUGCACAUACGAGACCAACGCAUUUGGAAAACCAAAGGAUCAGCCUACUCAGUACAUACAUUUUAUAUUAAAUCAACGAACUAUACCCCUAGGGCGAAGUUUCGCUGAGUGUGGCGAGCGAGACGACGGCUGGUGUGAGUUGGGAACGUUCUUGGAUGUCCAGAAGGACUCAUUGGAGAGAGCUGAGUUCGAAUAUUCGUGCUUUGGAGAGUACGAUAGUGUACCGUAUGGAAAUAUCAAGGAUGGCGUGCCGUUGAAGAAGGAGACAGAACGGGAGUAUCGGCCAGAUGAGCAGAUCGAGCUGUAG